AUGUUUUCUGGAUUUGGAUUUGGCUUUGGCGAGCCAACGCUGCCAAUGUUGCAGGGUUUCGAUGACUACUUUCGCUGCUAUCCCAUCGCAAUGAUGCCUGAUGUAAGCAGAAAAGACGAUGCCAACUACGGGGGCAAAAUCUUUCUGCCCCAAUCAGCGCUUCACAAGCUGACAAUGCUCCAUAUUAGAUAUCCUAUGCUCUUCACAAUUACUUCAGAAAGCUCCGGGAAAUCCACGCACAGUGGAGUGCUGGAAUUCACAGCAGAAGAGGGCCGCUGUUAUUUGCCACAAUGGAUGCUCGACACAAUUGCUGCCGAGCCGGGAUCACUCGUCAACAUCAAAACCGCAGACCUUCCACAAGGAAGCUUUGUGAUGCUUGAGCCCCAAAGCGUCGACUUUCUGGACAUCAGUGACCCCAAAGCUGUCCUGGAAAAUGCAUUAAGGAAAUUUACCACAUUGACAGUUGGAGAUAUAAUCGAGCUAGACUACAAUGACCAGAUAUACAAAAUCAAAAUAUUAGAGGUCAAGCCAGAAAGCUCAUCGCACGGAAUUUGUGUUAUUGAAACCGAUUUGGAGACGGAUUUCGCCCCGCCCGUUGGGUACGUGGAGCCCGAUUACAAGGCGCUGAAAGAGGAGCAGGAGAAGAAGAAUAAAACCAAAGCUUUGUCGCAGCCAUCUCUGAAAGGCACAGGUUCCAUGGCACAGCAAAUCAAUUACGGUGAGAUUAUUCGAGAAGCUAAUAAAAGCACACAGAAGUUCCAAGGCGACGGUGUCAAAUUGUCUGGUAAGAAAAUAGCAAAGGAAGCAGAACCUUCUAUAAAUACAGCGGAUAUCGACCUAAAUGGUCCUGUCAAACCAUUACACUUGCCAGACGGGUACCUUUUUUUCGGGUUCCCGGUGAAGGUGUAUAAGGACGGCUUUGAGGAAAAAGACGAAACACCAAACAAACCUCAUUUUGCAGGUCAGGGACAGUCGUUGCGGAGUGCGAAAAAGCGGAAGGAUAAAAAUAAGAAUUUCCCUGCAGUGAAAGACAAAGCACGGUCUCCGGAAACCAUUGUGAUAGACAGCGAUUAG